GGGAGAGAGGAGCCUGCAGGCAGCCAGAGAAGGGGAGCAAGGAAUUAGCUGCCACAGGGAGGAAACAGCUGGCUGGAGUUGAUGUACUCUUCAGAAUUCCCCUAGUGAGGAACUGCGUUAGUACCCGUCCUCUUUGCCACCAUGAAGACCUGGCUGAUCCUCAUAUACCUGGCCACAACUCUGAUACCAAGUUUCUCAUGGGAGGUGAUGACUGAUGCCAACAUAAUAGAAGCUGAGACUGAAGAAUCUGAGCCAUAUUUACCCACAAACAAUCGACUUAUGGCAUUGUUCUGGCAGGUUUUCGCCAAGAUGGUGACUUCAGAUAAGAGUCAUGAUAAUGCUAUGGAGAAGCUGGGAGAAGAAGAUAGACAAAAAGAAGGGAGUCCUGCGGAAAAGGAAGCUAACAAAAAAGUAAGGGAAGAAAAGGGUACUGUUACUGGAUGUAAACAGACCAGCGUCUUUGAGGACGAUGUCCUGGAAUGUCUGGAUGCUACAGAGCUGCCUGCCAGAGCCUCAGCCACGGCAGAGCCUGCCACAACUCUGACAACAGCAGACGAAACCAUAAAUGCCACUUGCAUAUCCAAACAGUGCCAACCAGGCAUUAAUCCAUGGGCUUCAUGCACCAAUUCCACUUCAGAGGACAAAGAGAUGUUGUUUGAGGCUCUAACUACAUUUGCUGUGGAGCUCUAUAAAACAGUAAUCCGACAUGAAAAUCGUGACUCUAACUUGAUCUUCUCACCCUUCAGCAUUGCAACAAUGUUCUCCAACCUUUUGCUAGGAGCCUGUGAUGAAACCAAGGACCGUCUUGAGAAGCUGCUCUUCUAUCCUGAAGGAUUCACGUGUGUCCACAAAAUGCUGGAAACCCUCCAAAAAUCAAAGGCCUUGACCUCCACCAAUGCAAUGUUUUUCCAACCAACUCUCACCUUGGAAAGUGAUUUCCUCAACCUGACACAGAGUUUCUAUCAAACCAAGCUGGCUCACAUUACUAAUAACAGCAACCAGGCUGUGCUUGACAUCAAUGCGUGGGUGAGCAAAGUUACUAACGGGAAGAUCAAGACGCUUGUGGACGAGCUCGAUUCGGAUGUCCAGAUGGUGCUUCUCAAUGCUGUCUACUUCCACUCCAAGUGGAAGACCAUAUUUAAAGUUAAAAAUACAAAUAAGGAAAAAUUCUACCUCCCAGACGUAGAUCCCAUCGAGGUGUUAAUGAUGAUGAGUAAGAAAUAUCCAGUGGCCUCCUUCAUUGACCAGAGCUUGCAGGCUAAGGUUGGCCGGCUGCAGCUGUCUGACAACAUGAGCCUGAUCAUCAUCAUGCCUCGCUCCCUGUCUCAGAAACUCUCUGAUGUGGAGUGGCGCCUCAGUGCAACUGUCUUCAAGUCAAUGAUGGCCAAGCUGGAGACCACCCCUUUCAAACCUACCAUAGUGACUCUACCCAAGUUCAAGGUGGACUCUUCCCAGAACCUCAAGGAAAUAAUUGGUGCAAUGGAUUAUGGCUUGUUCUAUGAUGCCAAUCUGUGUGGGAUCUCUAAGGAUGAAGAACUGGCUGUGUCCAGUGCUCAGCACAGAGCUGUACUGGAAAUAAGUGAGGAAGGAGUGGAAGCAGCUGCGGCCACAGCAGUCUCCCUGGCGCGCACAGCCAAUUUCUUUGAAGUGCAGCAGCCUUUCCUCUUUUCACUGGCAAAGAAUAAUGGGUUCCCAGUCUUCAUGGGGCGCAUCAACAAUCCACAGCCAGCAUAACUUUCUCCUCCUUGCUCCUGUCAGCUUCCAUCAGUGGGAUGAAGACACCCCCAGGAUUGCCCUUGGCUCAUUCAUCACCGUUUACACACGAAGCCUUGUGCAAGUGCCUGUAAUGUGGUCCUUUGGUGCAGUUUUUUUCUUUUAUACUUUUGCUUUAUAAUUUUAUCCUCCCAUUAUCAUGUCUUUCUUUUCUUUUUUUAAAAAAAGCUGGUUCCCCUCCUUCCGUCAUUUUUCUUCUGUGAUUUAUUUUUAUUUCCUUUCAUCACUGAGCAAUCCACCUCUUACCAUAUAUGCAAUAGGCUGACAAGGAGGUCUCGCCUGUCAAGAGGCCCUCCUCUUUUUCCCAUGUAACCAUUAAAACAAUUGAUUCAGCCUCUUCCAUUUCCUUUUGCUUUUAUAAGGAAUAAAGUGAAACUAUAUUGGCUCA